ACUGCUAUGAGUGCCCUUCUCUAACCCGUACUCCUCUGCUCUAACCCGUGUUCCCCCCAUAGCUGCUGCUGCUUCGUGGCUAUGCCUUCAACCACUCCGCAGAUUUUGAGACAGUGCGCAUGAUAAAGGAGAAGCUGUGCUACGUGGGAUACAACAUCGAGCAGGAGCAGAAACUGGCCCAGGAGACCACAGUGCUGGUGGAGUCCUUCACGCUCCCGGACGGGCGUGUGAUCAAGGUGGGGGGCGAGCGCUUCGAGGCCCCCGAGGCUCUGUUCCAGCCGCACCUCAUCAAUGUGGAGGGGGUGGGCGUGGCCGAGCUGCUCUUCAACACCAUCCAGGCAGCCGACAUCGACACCAGGUCGGAGUUCUACAAGCACAUCGUCCUGUCUGGAGGCUCCACCAUGUACCCAGGGCUGCCGUCCCGGCUGGAGCGCGAGAUGAAGCAGCUCUACCUGGAGAGGGUGCUCAAGGGAGACGUGGACAAACUGUCUAAAUUUAAAAUCCGCAUCGAGGACCCCCCGCGACGGAAGCACAUGGUGUUCCUGGGGGGGGCGGUGCUCGCCGACAUCAUGAAGGAUAAAGAGUCCUUCUGGAUGACGAGGCAGGAAUACCAGGAGAAGGGCGUGAAAGUCCUGGAGAAACUGGGAGUGACCGUGCGGUAAAGCCUCCCUUGACCUUCGAACCCCACCCACCUCACAGACACAGCCCAGCCCCCCGUUUCUGAUUGGUUGGGAACCCAGUCCAGGUUUUUUUAAUUCAACCAGACCGGUUUCCCUAUUUAAUACAGACCGUAAUAUAUUUACGAAACUCUUCACUAAUUGUUCUAAUAUAAUUGAAGGCAUCAUGUCAGUUGUUUUUCGAGGUGGUGCCAGCUUUUCUCCUGCAGACAGUAAGGCUACAAGGAGUAUGUCUAAGGUAACUGGGGAUGUGUAAAUUAAUGUGGGGAAAAUUAAGUUAAAAAUAUAUUACCCAGAUAAUAUUCUGUUAUUAGGCCACCCUUUUGUUUUAAGGCAGUGUGGUAAUUAAUCCUAUUUGCCCCACAAUGCCAUCAUGCUACUCUGUUGCUUUUUGAUGCUCCCCUCUGACAUGAGACAAGGGGCUGCCCAGUCAUGCUAUUGAAGCAGAAUUACUGGGAUCCUUUAAGUCACAUGAUUUGAAUGGAAUAAAGAGGCAUUUAGGAUUCUCCAGCUCAACCAAGUAAAGAUGGGAAAAAUUAAUUCUGAGCAAUAGAACCACUCUGAAGGAUUUUGAACCCUAUGAGGGAUAUAUAUAUAUAUAUAUAUAUAUAUAUAUAUAUAUAUAUAUAUAUAUAUAUAUAUAUAUAUAUAUAUAAUCUUGAACUAUAAAUGGACUGUCAAUAAUGUCUGGAAAAUCCUUUUUUUUAACCCUUUAAGGUACAUGUGUCCUGCAAAUAAAGAUGUUGGUAACUUUCUUAUUUUUGCAGUAAGGUGCAUGAAGCACAGUUUAAAAUGUACCAACAGGUUGGAUCUGGUGAUCCUUGAGUCGCUCUACAAUGUAUUUUUUAAGAAGAAGCCUUUUGAACAACUCAAUUCCUUGCGUACCUUCUGGGGUUAAAUAUAUUUUAAUGAUCAAACCUGGACUGGUGAUUUUAACCGAUCAGACAGGGGCUGUUUUUUCUGGGGGGGGUUUUUUUUUUUUUUUUUUUUUGUAUUUUGGUACUAAUCCUCGCCUCUACGCAAGAACUCAGGACCCCCAAACCUGCUCCAGGAUGGAUCGUGAGCCGUUUGGAAAAGUUCCCAGGGUUGUGCUCAUAAACCUCAACCAUCACAUCAAUCAUAAAUCAAAAAAACAAAUUCAAGCAGACGUUGCCUUCCUCAGAGCUGUGUCUGUUAUUUCUCCUGUCUGAAAAGGAUCUUACGAUGUGUAAAGCACCUCUUGGGUUAAAACUAUAAGACACCAAGUAGACGCAUGUCUCAGUUUAGUCAUUUGGAAGAUCUGGACUUGUGUAUUCUUUUUGUUGCCAAGUACAUCUGGUACACCAGGGUGUAACCAUCAACCUUUCCCCCCUACAACACUGCCACCUAGUGGAUGGAAGAAAUAAAUCUGUAUGAAAUUCCACUUGGAUUAAAUAUGUUAUUUCUUUCAUCCAGUAGGGGGCAGACUGUUGCAGGGGGGCAGGUUAUCGGUUACACGCUAGAGCUGCAUUCUGAGAGCUCUACUGAGGCCACAAGGGUCACCAGGAUGUGAUUGAUGACUGGAAUGAAUGUAGACCAUAAGAAUAGAUCAUCUAUCACACACCUGGAUCGAGCUGCUUUUUAAACAUAGAAACUGGACUUGCAUUACUGGGAUGACUAGGGCUGUGUUUCAGGGUGAUCGCGGAUUUCAUGAUUUCAUUGCUGUGUAUUGCAAAGCCUCCAUUGAAUGUUGAGAGAACACUGCUGGAAUAAGGACUACCAGUAACCUACUUCUGGGUGCUAUACAAACUGCUAAAACCAGGGUGUAACCUUUUUAAUGACUUUCAGAGUUUAAAAUACUGAUACUCUUUCGGUGUUCAAAAUUUAAAGCAAAAAGCAAGCCAGCUUUUGAUAGAUUUUGAUAUUGAUAAUGCACGGGCUUGAUUUUUCUAUUUUUGGUGCCGGUUUUAGUUUUUGUACCCCUUUUCCUAAUUUUAAUGCCAUUGUUUUGCAACUUUUAAUAAUGCUGUUUUUUUUUUUUUUUUUUUUUUGUUAGUAAUCUUUGAUACGUUAUGAGACUUCAGAUUUGAUAAAAAUGGACCAGCGAAUUCUGCAUCUGUACAAUACAAGACCAUUCCUUGUUAAAUAAACGCUUUAACGCUUCCUA